CCACCGCUCUCGAAGCUAAGCAUCAUAUGAAGCUUCUUCCCACUUACGUCGGAAGUUACUACGAAGAAACCAUAAACCUUUGAACAACAAACUAACAUAUAUUUCUGCCAUGCUCACUUCACUUCAUUCGCUCAUCGCUAUCUCCCAUGGAUGGAAACCAUCAUCAAUACUACUAUACUACUGAUAAUAAUAAUAAUAAUGACGCCACUUUUGCUCGCCAAGAUUCCGGCUUUGAGCUGUCGUCAGAGUUCUUUGAUGAGCUCGAUGUCUGGCCGCCUGAGGAAGACCCGGCGGUGUUCACCGUCGCCGGACAUCCCCAGAAUCCAGGUCAAACCACGGCGGUUGAUGACGCCGUGAUGAUGGUUCCUUCCGGCGGAGGCGGCUUCACCUACGGUGGACCUAGUAGCAUCAAUGAUAGUGGGGGAGGCAUGGAGAGGACGGCGGCGGGGGUGACUGAAAAGUUUGCGUUCAAAACAAAAUCAGAUAUUGAAAUACUGGAUGAUGGCUACAAAUGGAGGAAGUACGGCAAGAAAAAGGUGAAAAACAGCCCAAAUCCAAGGAAUUACUAUAGGUGCUCAGUGAAUGGGUGCCAAGUGAAGAAAAGAGUUGAAAGAGACAAAGAGGAUCCAAGUUAUGUAAUAACCACAUACGUGGGGAUCCAUAACCAUCAAGGCCCUUAGGGUUUUUAGUUAUCACAGUACACUGGAGUUAAGCUAGCUAAAUUCUGUCUUAUCAAUAUCAAACAUCUUUUAGACCUUCAGUCACAAAGUAUGGUCAUCAUGAUGUAUUAUAGAUCGAGUUUGAUUACACAGGUUGUAUACUACCAUACAUUAUUUAAAUAAGAAACUUAUAAAUGAACAGUAA